AUGGCUCCCCUCUCGUGGGCGCAGGUUGCUGCAAAGAACCACAAGCCCAGUCCUAUUCGCCAUCAGAUCGCUGACGAUGGCUCAUCGCAGGCGCAAAAUCCGCCCUGCACCAUCCCCACCAAGGCCGCCGAAUCCCCUUGUCUCACGGCGAACCAGAACAGCCCCAGAGCAGAGCAAAAGUCUCCUGAACCCAGCGCCUCACGCUCUGAGAGCAGCCACUCUUGUUCUUCCGGCCCCGUGUCGGUUGGCAAGGCCACGGAGGAGAGCGGCCUUGCUCUUUCCACCUCGAAAAUUGAGAGUUCCCCCCUCUCAUCCGCAACUUCGUCAGUUUCUUCUCGUUCGCCCACCUUGAUUUUCGAAGAAGCAACUACACCCGACGGCGCGAGCGACGAGAUGGCCAACGCUAGAAGAGACCGAAGAGCUGCCAGGAAGGCCGCCGAGGAGGCUGCGAGACAAGCUCGACUCUCUCCUACCCUGGAGGCUGUCGCGUCUGUCACAUCCGUCCCGUCCGCGUCCGCGUUCUCGGCCCCGGGUGAGAGCAGCGCCAAAAGCGAAGUAGCUAUUGCUGCUUCUGUACCCCUCCCGGUCGACGAAGAUGACGACGAGAAGAACGACGAAGUCGCAGAACAGGAGACGAGUAUCACGCUUGUCUCUGGCGACGAGGGAGUUGGUCCCGCUGACUCGACCCACGGAGACAGCGAUCACCGAAGAGUCUUCAGAGCGUCUCUUGAAAGCGGCCAACUGCCCAGAUUUGAAAGAACCCGUCGCGUUCGUCUUUUCUAUGCGACCCCAACGUACGACUGCGCCAUAGCGCUCAGCGAUGGAAAGGUGGUCUCUGGCCAUCGCGAUAUCAUAACUUCUGAGUCGACUUACCUGGCACAGAAUCUCCCCCCGGCCAAUGAAGUCGGCGUCACACACUACGAAAUGGACGGCUACAGCGUGCACGUGAUGGGCGUCAUGUUCUUCUGGAUUUACAUGGGAGGCAAGUUCGAAAGAUCUCAUCUGAUUCGCUCCAGGGUUUGA